AAUGGUCAGAGGCACCGCCGCGUGUGGCGGCGGCCUCGAUUUUGAAUUGAAUGAAAAUUCCCCCACCCGCCCACGCGCCCUCCCUUGUUUCACGCAGCCACCUCCUCACGCGGUGGCCUCUCAUCCGCCUGCCGCCCCGCCACUUUAACAACAACCCUACCCCACCCCCUUCACAUUCCCCCUCCCUUCUCUCUCCACCGCUCCUUCCCCCAAUUUCCCCCAAUUCAAUUCAAUUCAAUUCAAUUUCCCCCAAUUCAAUUCCCCCUUCUCCGAUCUCAAUUUCCCUCCCAUGGCUACGAUCAUCUCCCCCUCCUCCCCGGACAACGACAUCCCCACCGCGACGCUCGCCCUCCCCUCCGUCUCCAUCGCCGCCGCCGCCCCCCGCCGCCUCCCCCCGCCGUGCUGGACGCCCGAGGAGACCGUCGCCCUCAUCGAAGCCUACAAGGACAAGUGGUACUCCCUCCGCCGCGGCAACCUCCGCGGCAACCACUGGCAGGAGGUCGCCGACGACGUCGCCUCCCGCUCCCCCGCCCUCCCCGCCAAGACCUCCGUCCAGUGCCGCCACAAGAUGGAGAAGCUCCGCAAGCGCUACCGCGCCGAGAUCCAGAGAUCCGCCGCCCGCAGAUCCGCCUCCUCCUGGGCCCACUUCCACCAGAUGCACUCCAUGGAGAAGGGCACCGACAACCCCUCCCCCCCUCCCUCCUCCCCUUCCUCCUCCUCCGAAGACGACCACAACCACACCAAGAGCAACAGCGUCAAGCGAAUCAACGAUCUCUACAACCGCCACACCAAUCAGAACGGAGCAGCGGCAGCAGCAGCGACGCCUGGGGUUCGGAUCAAGAUGCCUGGCUCUUCAGCCAAGGCGUACGGACAAAUUCCAAACCCUAACCCUAGAGUAAUCCCCAAUUCGAGCGGUAAAUCGCUGGUGGAAGCGAUUCAGGCGCUGGGGGAAGGGUUUAUGAGGAUAGAGAAGAUGAAGAUGGAUAUGGCGCAGCAGAUUGAGGAGAUGCGUAUGGAGAUGGAGCUCAAGAGAACGGAGAUGAUACUCGAUUCGCAGCAGAGAAUCGUCGACGCAUUUGCUCGCUCCAUCAAGAAGCCCAAGAAUCACCACUAUGCCUAAACCCAAUUUGUAAUUUUAUUUUCUAUUUGUGUUACUUUUUUUAGCAAAAAUGGAUUCCUCAUUAUAAUACAAGUUCAAAUUUCUCAA